GGGUUUCGAAGUUUGCUGACACAUUUUUACAAAAUGGCGGCUGUAAGCAUCCGACCAUUUGGAAAAGCGACAAGGCUACUCGGUAGAUUAUUUGUCAAUCAGCGUAGGAAUGCUGGAGGCUUUUCAUACAUACCCGAGGUUGCCGAUGAAUCCUUAGGACCAACAAAAAAGAUGAAUCUGUUUCAGUCAUUGACUGAUGCCAUGGACAUAGCCCUUGCAUCUGAUCCAACUGCAGUGAUUUUUGGUGAGGAUGUUGCCUUUGGUGGAGUUUUCAGAUGUACUGUUGGGCUUUCUGACAAAUAUGGGAAAGAUCGUGUUUUCAAUACACCUCUUUGUGAACAAGGAAUUGCUGGUUUUGCAAUUGGAAUGGCAGUUGGAGGGGCUACAGCCAUUGCUGAAAUACAGUUUGCUGACUACAUAUUCCCAGCCUUUGACCAGAUCGUAAACGAAGCUGCAAAGUACAGAUACCGGUCUGGAAAUAUCUUUGAUUGUGGGAAACUGACUAUAAGAGCCCCCUGUGGAGCAGUUGGACAUGGAGCCCAUUACCAUUCGCAAAGCCCCGAAGCAUACUUUGCCCACACGCCUGGCAUCAAGGUUGUUAUUCCUAGAGGUCCAAUUCAAGCAAAAGGACUUUUGCUUGCCGCUAUCAGAGAUCCUGAUCCUUGCAUUUAUUUGGAACCAAAGAUUCUUUACAGACAGGCUGUUGAAGAAGUCCCAAUGGAAGAUUAUGAACUGCCGUUAUCAAAAGCAGAGAUUGUUGAGCAAGGAUCGGAUGUUACUCUUAUUGGCUGGGGCACCCAGAUUCAGGUGUUAAGAGAAACUGCAAAAAUGGCUCAGGACAAACUUGGUGUUUCGUGUGAAAUUAUAGAUUUAAGAACGAUUUUGCCUUGGGAUGAAGAUACUGUUGUAGAGUCAGUAACAAAGACAGGAAGAGCAGUAAUUGCGCACGAAGCACCGCUGACAUCUGGGUUUGGAGCUGAAAUUGCCAGUACCAUCCAGAAAAGCUGUUUUCUACACCUUGAAGCGCCUAUUGAGAGAGUCUGUGGCUGGGACCUCCCAUUUCCGCAUGUUUUCGAACCAUUUUAUCUUCCAGAUAAACUUAGAUGCUUCGAAGCAAUAAAAACUGUUGUCUCCUUUUAGUUACGUAAAAAAUAGUCCCUUUAAAUUUUCGCAUAGAAUGUGUGGCUGUUAAAUUUUUAGGCUUGAAAUUUAAUGAUGUCUCGUAGAAAUGUUUGUAACUCAGUCUGUAUUUGUUAACAGUGUUGGCAACCUACCUCCCAACUUAUAGGUAGCUCCUACCCUGGUGUUUACAGUAGCCGUAUAUCCAGACCAUCGAUCGCUUUUAUUUGAAAAGUUAAGUUAUUAAGAUGUCUAUUUGAUAGAUCACAUGCUUCUUCUUAUUUUUGCAUCUAAAAUAUCAGUAAAAAGACAAGCUUUCCCAACAUCGUUUAGGAACAUCACAAACUAACCGAGGUGCGUUUCGUUUUGCAUCGAAGUUUUCUUAUCUGUAGAAAAGACAAGUAAUUUCACCAAAUCCAGACCAACUGUUGUGACGUCUUGAUACUGAAUGAUUGCUUCGAGCUUAAAUACUUUCUUGCCUUUAAAAAUGUCUUUAAGAAAUCGAAACCACUCUUAAACAUAUAUUGCCAUAUAACAUCAAAAUAUGUUGUCAGCCAGCUUUUACUGUAGGGAAAUUAUUAAUUUGAAUAACAAGAUAAUAGAUUUCAGAAAUCAGUUUGCUCAGGGACCAUGGAAGUAGGGGGGUUGCUGCUGAGGCUUUAGCCCCUUAUAAUUUCCGAAAUGUAUUUAAAACCUCUCCAUAACGUGUAAGCUCCCUUAAUCGGUAAUCUGCUCCGCGGCCCUUUAGUUCAUUGACACAGCUUUGCAAGGGUAAUUCCUUAUAUCGUUUUUGAACAAUGUACACAAUCCUAAAACGUAGAGAAUCAGCUGACUUUCUUGCCAGUAUUUAUAAUUGUACUGUAUCUUUAAAAUUCUUCCCAAAUACUUUAUACUGGAAUAUUUAUUCAUGUUUCUCAGAAAUUGUAACACGAGUAGUCAAUCGAAA